UCAGUCGAAGUUUGCAGCUCGAGCCGUUCGUACUCAGCUCAAAGCUUGAAAAUGAUCCUGCUAUCCUUAGCUCUCCCAACCGUGCUGAUCUGCUUCCAACUCUUCCACCCAUGUAAAGCUGCCGUAACGCAAUGUUUGGUGUGUGAUUCUAGUGCACCGGGCUGUGCCGACGGUUCGAUGCAGUACGCCCGUAACUGCACCAUGGGAAGUGAGGCUUGCUUUACAAGCGUGACCAACGGAGUGUUAUUACGCGGAUGCUUAUCACAAUUGAGGGAAGAACACUUAAAGUGUAGCGAAAAGGAAGGUGGUACGUGCGUUAGCUGCGUAGGGAAUCGGUGUAACACUGUAUCCUGGGCACGGUGUGCACACUGUGACGAUGCUGGAACGGAAAGUUGUACCGUUAGGCAGCUCGUUAGCUUCUGUCCACGGUUUCGUGCCACGGAUAGGUGUUAUGAGAUAGUGGAAAAUGUGCAAGUACCUGUUUCAAGGGCGAUUUCUAAAGGUUGUGAGUCUACGUUGUUAUAUGACGGUAUUUUCUGUAAUGAAACAAAUAACUGUAGAAUCGCAGACAAACACAGUAUUAGUUGUGCAGGUCCAUCUACUGAAGCUACUACAAUUCAGUGUUUAAUCUGCUCGUCAGAUGACGAUUCUAAUCAAGAAUGUACAAAAGGUACAUUACCCGCUCAGGACUGUCCUCAGGAAGGAGAUGUAUGUUUUUCAAGACUCAAUGGAAAUAAAUUAGAGAGAAACUGCCUCUCUACACUCCCUGCGGAAGAACAAGCCAUCUGCACUGCAACUGAAGAUCAUUCGUGCAUUACGUGCAGUGAACAUGGUUGUAAUACAGAUCACUUACAACAAUGCUUCCAGUGCAAGAAGUCAAUCAAUGUAGAGUGCAUUGAUAUAGUCAUCAGUGGUACGCUGGAGUCUUCCUUUUGUCCUCAGUUUCUACCCAAUGCUCGUUGUUUUGGGCGCAUUGUUGAGGAUGAGUUUGAGCGUGGAUGUAGCGCAGAGUCUGAUGAUGUUUGUGCGGGAAACAAUCGCUGCCUUGCCUGUGCUGAGGAUGGAUGAAAUG